GGCCGAGCCGAGCCGUGCUGCGCUGCGCUGCCCUGUGUGCCCAGAGCGGCCGGCGGCGCGGAGCGGCGGGGCCGAGCGCUUCCAUGGGCAGGGCGCCCCUCGCGGGCCGCCGUCGUCGCCAGCCCCGGGCAGCGUGGGGAGACCAAGGAGAGGCUGCAGUUCUCUGCGACCCCCGACCGGCAGCGCGCGUGAGACCGAGGCGAGCCCGGGGCAUGGCUCGGCGGACGAGCAGCACGGUCGCGGACGAGCUGGCCAACGCCGCCGCCCGCGGCGACCUGCAGCGCCUGAAGGAGCUGCUGGACGGCGCGGCGGACCCCAACGGCGUCAAUUCCUACGGCCGGACCCCCAUCCAGGUGAUGAUGCUGGGCAGCCCGCGGGUGGCCGAGCUGCUGCUGCAGCGCGGAGCCGACCCCAACCGCCCCGACCCGCGCACCGGAUCCCUCCCGGCCCACGACGCGGCCCGCGCUGGCUUCCUGGAGACGCUGGCGGCGCUGCACCGCGCCGGGGCGCGCCUCGACCUGCCCGACGGCCGCGGCCGCCUCCCCCUCGACGUGGCGGCGGGGGGGCCGCACGGACCGGUGGGCCGCUACCUGCGCCACCCACCGCCCCGCACCUAGCCCCCCCCGUCCUGCGCGAUGCCAUCCUCUAAUUUAUUGCCCGCGCCCGCCUCGGGAGACGCGAAGUCGAGCAGCCCUCACGCGCCGUAAAUACCACCACGACCAUCACCACCACCCCUCACCCCCCCGAGUCGCGUUUCCCCGCUCGGAUGCUCGAAGGGCCCGCGGGAUAUGUAUCGUUUCUGGUCUACACUUUGCACGCGCCUGCAUGCUACCCUGCACUCGAAACCCCACGCCCCUGCAUGCUCUCCCCUUUUCACGCGAGAGCACAAAAGCUGUGAAGUGAAAUAUAUAUGAAGGACACCCCCCUCACAGAGAUGGCACAAUAAAUCCCUCGUAUUUUGACAGGA